CCGUGUUCCUGCUGAAUUUUCUAGGCUUGUGGAACCAGAUAUGCAAAAAAUGGUUCCCCUACUUCAUGCUGAGGUGCUCCGUGAUGUACAACCAGCAGAUGGCCAGCAAGAAGCAGGAGCUCUUCAGCAACCUGCAGGACUUCGUGGGCCCCUCCGGGAAACUCUCCCUGCUGGAGAUAGGCUGCGGCACCGGGGCCAACUUCAAGUUCUACCCACCCGGAUGCAGCGUGACCUGUAGUGACCCCAACCCCAACUUUGAGAAGUUCUUGAUCAAGAGCGUGGCGGAAAACCGACACCUGCAGUUCGAGCGCUUCGUGGUGGCUGCCGGGGAGAACAUGCCUCAGGUGGCCGAUGGCUCCAUGGACGUGGUGGUCUGCACCCUGGUGCUGUGCUCCGUGGAGAGCCAGGAGCGCAUCCUCCAGGAGGUGCGCAGAGUGCUGAGGCCGGUCAAGAACUAG